CCGGGAGAUGUUUGGAAAUGUUGACACGGAGCAACUGGGAAGAAGCGCCCCGGACCUUCGCACAAUUGGUAACUCUGAAUUAAUGGUACUCCCUUCUGAGAGAAGACGAUCGGUUGUAUCAGAAAUGGCGAUGGCAGAGAGCACCGAGCUUCCUAUGUCACGAUCGCUACGGGCAGAUCCGCUGUUUGUGGUCCCACCCGGCUUCCAUCCAAAUGCAACAUUUGUAGGCAUGAAGAAAGAGCUUGAAGUGUUGCAUGCGCGUUUGUUCAAAGCCAAGAAGAGAGCGGAGCGUCUAAUGGCCGUCUUGAUUUGUGGAGGACCCGGGACUGGCAAGUCACACCUUGCACGACAAUAUGUGUGCACCCAUCGAGAUAUCUACCCAGCGGGGAUUUUCUGGGUCGAUGCCAAGUCACUUGAAUCAACCUACAAGUGUUUCUGGGAUAUGGCUCAGGCGGCUGCACUGACGGAUGGGCAGGAAUUCCGGUACCCCGACACCAACCCAUCUCGCAAGUAUGUAGACUCGGUGAGGACAUGGCUGCAAAACCGGGAAGGGUGGCUCAUUGUGUUCGACGGAAUCAGCUUUGCGCACGAGCAUGAUAUCAACAACUUCAAGCAGUUUCUCCCGUUCAACAAGAACUGCAGUAUCAUCUACACCUCGGUGGAUAAAACCCUGAAGAGGAAACAACGUUUAUACGAGCCAUAUUGCCUUCAGGUGAAGCCACUCGAGCCGGAGAACGCAUGCAAGCUGCUUUUUGAAGACCUCGGUAUCAGAAAACCAACCGCAGGCCAGAUCAGGAAAGCCACGGAACUGGUAACUCACUAUGAGUGCCUGCCACUCGCUAUACAUGCGAUUGGCCACAGGCUUAGCGCCACGUCGAAGCCAAUUGAGCGUUAUCACAUCAAUUCACAUUUGACAGACGAAAAGCUGGCGGAACCGUUUCUAAGCAUCAUGCACGACCUAAUGUGUCUGGGGCACUGGACGGCACUCAACCUGGUUAACAUGCUUUCGUUCUUUAGUCACCAUAUCCCGGUUGGUCUCUUAACCUUGGGUCUCUCAACACGUAUAAAGCAGAGGGCUGGAGUCAUCACCCAGAGCAGAAGCGGAGAAACGGGGGAUCUUGACACGACGAUUGGAAUCUUGAUCAGGUAUGGCCUCAUUGAACGAGUGUCUGACUCGUACCCGCUGCACCCCGCAGCUCUGUCGCCUCAGGCAGAGAGAGACAAUGUGCUGGAACAAAAGUUUGUGGUACCGGACCUCUCUGAGUCGCAAACAGAAAGCAGUCAGGAAGCCUUCUUCUCUUCAGUUUUGCAGAAUGCAGGAACGAUUGACGUCUUGAAGAUCCACAGUGUCGUUCAGGGGUUCUGCCGUGAUGAGCUGAAGAUGAUGGAUGAAGAAGAGCGGAGGAAAGCCGCCGCCACAAACCCAAACGCUCCGGAGACUGGAUUGUAUGAUUCAUGGCUUGUCGUGGUAUGCGACGUACUCAGCACCUCGUACACGAAAGUUCAAACAAGAAACGAAACCGACGGCUACGGACUUGUCAAAGAUUACCGCGAGUUUGAGACUCAUGUGUCAAAGGUGCUCGAGCACUUCCCAAGACGAUCUGCCCGGGAGGCAGCUGCGGUCCGUCAGGCGCGGGAAGACAUGAGGAUAUUGAAGAGGAGUAUUUCCAGGGAGAUAGAUCGGAUUUCACCAAGGUCUGGUUCGAUCUAUAACCAACGCUCGGUCUUUGAUCGAUCAAGUAGCUCGUCUUCAUCGGUGCCUGAGUCCGCCGCUGAGGACUUGCCUGGUUGGCUUGAACCAGCAUCGCCCCAGGUGGAGUCUCCGCAGGAGGCCGCUCCGCGCCCGCAAAAAUUCAAUCUGAAGCCUUUCCUCCCACACAUAUUUCGUCAUUCCAGCCAGGAUCAGGCGGGCAGCGCUCCUCCAAUUUCGCAAACGGGUGAAGAAAGCGAGAGGCCUGAGUCCAAUUCAUCUGAAGUGGUAUCUAGUACGAAUACGUCGGAUGACCGAGGCUGGCAUCUUGUCAAGAAAUCUUCGAAGCCCCCAAAGCCUGCUGGUAACAAGCCUAAACGGCCUAGUUUACCGCAUCACAUUCGUGGCUCUCAGCCUGCAGCGCCUGUUCUCAAGGUCUUCCCCGUAGAGGGCAUAUCGGGCAAGCCUGGAGACCAAGACCGUAGCAGCUCUCGGACUUCGGCGUCGGAGGCGUUGACGGCGGUCACAAAAAUCACGCGCCCCCAGAUGAACGGCAGGCAAUUUGCAAGUGCUCCAGGCGAUUUCACAAAGAGCUUGUCGAAGGAAAAUGAUUCGCCGAGCUACGCCACGAUUGCAGCCAGACAGGCGCAACAUAUCACUGAAAAGCCACGGUCAUCCUCGAUUCCUAAUAGAAGCCGGCCAAGGUUGCAGGGUGUGCAGGAUAAAUCCUCUGAAGAAUCACUUUUCAACCGUUCGAGCAACAUUAUGUCUUCGAAGCCUCCAAUGACCUCUUCGACAUAUAGUGAGCCUGAUCCGGCGUAUUUGAGCCAUCAGUUGAAUGCUUUGGAACUCGGGGUAACGGCUAGUCGAUAUAGAGCGCCUCUGGGCACGUCCUUCAGUGGUAUUGGGUCUCCAGUGGGCGAUAUGUCAGCAAGCACACCUUCUAUGACAUAUCUCGCGCCAGGCCUGCCAUAUGAGGGUAACAUCGAUAUAUCAGCAGCACGUCGACUGAGCACCACACCAUCGACAUCAACAGGCCCAGUUUCCCAUCCGUCUGCGAUCAUGCCCGGAACAUCACCACCGUUUUCAGACGUGCACGCUGGAUACACGUCCGAGCCGGCCCCAGAGCCGAUGUCUCGUGAUAUGUCCGCGAAGUCACAACAGUCGUGGGCCACCGACCCAGUCCCGUAUCCCCAUAGAUGGACCCCAGUUAACAUCAUUCCACCAAUCCCGAAGCUGGCACCACCGCCAAGGCCAAGUAAAUUUCAGGCAGAGCUUUCGUACGCAGCGGCAGCGGCACAUCUCCGGACUUUGGAGCCUCUAGAGGGUCCCGUCCCCUUCGAGCCUGUGUGGCCGCAUAUGAAUGUUGACAGCAGACCACAGUUUGGUGGGCCAGUGCAGUAUGCAGCAGCAGCAGGGCAACUCUUGCCUGGGUACCCUGCAACUUACCACCCAAACCUCUCCGGACCUCUACUCUCACACGAGAUCACCAUACCGAUGGCGGAGCCGCGCGGCGGGCGAGCCCGGAGUGGGAGCUCUCCUCCACGACAAGAAUAACCCAUAAACGGGAUCAAGAUCGAAUAAGCAACAACGAAAAGUACUCUCAGUUAUUUGGCGUCAGGUUUGUCGGAAUUAUAUUGCGUGAAAACAGCAUAGCAGGUUGGGGGGAAUGGAGGGCUCGGUGUUGACAUGUAUCAUCCCCGCAUGUGGGCGGCGUAACGCGUCUGUGGAUAUUUGGCUUGUUGAUUCAUUUUCAUCAUUUUCCGGGCACCGAUGACCAGUUUUGUUUGAGACUGUAUCAUCAAUAGAGCAAUGCCACACUAAGCAAAUAA